GCUCUCUGUCUCUCUCUCUCUCUCUCUCUCUCUGUCUCUGUCUCAGAAGCACAGGGCGGCCGACAGACGCAGAGAGGCAGGUCUCCUCACUGCAGCUCCAGGCCUAUAUCUUCCUAUCUGAGCCACUAUGAACCUUGUGAACAGCAGCCAGUGGUUCCUGACCCAGCCGUCUCCCAGCCCAGCAGGACCCAGUAAAGGACUGGGUUGUAGUAAUACCUGGCAGGCAGAGACAGGCCGCAUCACUCAGAUGGUAAUCACCGUACUCAUCUUCCUGGUGGGCGUGUCCUUGAACAGCCUAGUGGUGUAUGCGUUGGCCUGGCGUGGGCGUGGCCGCCUGACGAGACGUGGCAGCUUGGGCCAAGGGGAGACGCGCGGCGCCAGCAGCUUCCGUGUCUACGUUGUGAACCUGGCGCUGGCUGACCUGGUCCUCCUCCUCCGCACCCCUCUGAUGCUGGCGUACCUGGCCCACAGCUGUAGCUGGCCCGUGGGGAGACUGGCCUGUCGCCUGGUGGUAUUCCUGAGAGGCCUGGGACUAUACGCCGCAGCCUUCCUGCUGUGUGCCGUGGCUGUGGAGAGAUGUCUGUGUCUCCUCAGGCCGGUCUGGUCCAGUCUGAAGCGUCCUCGCUGGGCAGUUCCCCUGGUGUGUGGUCUCCUCUGGGGUCUGGCUGCUGCCCUGGCUACCCCUUACCUCCACACUGCCGACCUGCUGGAGCUCAACGGUACUACCCAGUGUCUGGAGAGCCUGGGGUACAGCACGGGGCUGUUUGUGACCGAGACGGUGGCCGGGUUCCUCCUGCCGCUAACGGUGUUCCUGGUGAGUAACGUAGCCGUGCUGUGGACCGCCAGGCAGGCAGGGGUCGCCGGACCGACCUCUCCAUCCUCCUCUUCUUCCUUUUCGGCGACUGCGAGACAGAUGGCCAGGCUGUACCGGGUCCUCUUCCUCACCAUGCUCCUCUUCCUCUCCUGCUGGGUCCCCUACUUUACCUGCCGCUUCCUGCGGGCGCUGGCUGCAGGGCGGCCUGACCGGGCGGGGCUCUACCGAGCGUCGUUCACAGGGGCGUACGUCUCUCUGUUCCUGGUGUACCUGAAGAGCUCCCUGAACCCUGUCCUCUACGUGUUCGCCGCCCGAGGCCUGGGGCGAACCGUCCGCGCCUCGCUCCCCUCCACCAUCGAGAGAGUCUUCAACGAUGACUAUUCUGACUCCAGGAGUAGACGGACCCUAAGGAGGGAGGAUUCACAGAUCUAGUGCCCUAAAAAGCCCUGUUAGGGACCGUACAUAUGGGACCGUACAUAUGGGAGAUUCACAGAUCUAGUGCUCCACAGUCCUGUUAGGGACCUUGCAGUUUUACUAGCAGACUGUAGAGAUCCAUUGUGAUUGCUGGCCAACAUGAACUCAGACGUUACAGGCUUACUUCAGCCCUGUGUGGACUACAUGGACUGCAUUAUUAUAGCUAUAGGCAUUAUCUUAGACUGGGUGACAGUCUUGCUUCAGCCCUGUCUGGACUACAUUAUUAGGACUAUAUUGCAUUAUCUUAGGCUGGGUGACAGGCUUGCUUCAGCCCUGUCUGGACUACAUGCAUUAUCUUAGGCUCGGUGACAGGCUUACUUCAGCCCUGUCUGGACUACAUUAUUAGGACUAUAUUGCAUUAUCUUAGACUUGGUGACAGGCUUGCUUCAGCGCUGUCUGGACUACAUUAUUUGAACUAUAUUGCAUUAUCUUAGACUGGGUGACAGUCUUGCUUCAGCACUGCAUGGACUACAUUAUCAGGACUAUAUUGCAUUAUCUUAGGCUGGGUGACAGUCUUACUUCAGCCCUGUCUGGUCUACAUGUAUAUAUUAUAACUAUAGGCAUUAUCUUAGGCUCGGUGACAGUCUUGCUUCAGCCCUGUCUGGACUACAUUAUUAUAGCUAUAGGCAUUAUCUUAGGCUGGGUGACAGUCUUACUUCAGCCCUGUCUGGUCUACAUGUAUAUAUUAUAACUAUAGGCAUUAUCUUAGGCUCGGUGACAGUCUUGCUUCAGCCCUGUCUGGACUACAUUAUUAUAGCUAUAGGCAUUAUCUUAGGCUGGGUGACAGUCUUACUUCAGCCCUGUCUGGUCUACAUGUAUAUAUUAUAACUAUAGGCAUUAUCUUAGGCUGGGUGACAGGCUUGCUUCAGACCUGUCUGGACUACAUUAUCAGGACUAUGUUGCAUUAUCUUAGGCUGGGUGACAGGCUUGCUUCAGCACUGUCUGGACUACAUUAUUAGGACUAUAUUGCAUUAUCUUAGGCUGGGUGACAGGCUUGCUUCAGCCCACUGAUGUCAUCAGACCUGGGCUUUCGGGGAUUUAGCCCCGAGUCUUGGUGUAAAACAAGCUCGGCUACACUGCAUUACACACUGCAACAAACUCUCCAAUCAUGAGCCAGGACAGGCCUGGCCUGCCUCUUCAGUGAUGCCUAAAACCACCAUUUCUGUGUACGGUGGCACUUUAGGAGCCCCGAGUCACAGUGGUUUCUCAAAGUCAUUUUUGAUUCGCCCAAAAAAAGCAUGGAACAAAUGAGCCACGUUGGGCAGAACCAAGCACAACUUAGCGAGAUCCUAUUGGCUCGUUCUAUUAUCAUCUGCAUAUUUCUGUUAGGGAACGCCUCCUCUGUGAAGUGCGCAUGUGCAAUAAAUGUAUUCACCUUUACACUCCGAAAACAACGCGAUUAAAAAUUUAAAAUAAAAGUUUUGCAAAUGUUCAAGUCUACAAACCUUAGUCUACUUUGUUCAUAAGAUAUUCUAGUUUUGGGAACAUAAAACUUUAUUGAAAAUGUUGGCCAAAAUCCGUCUCGUUCCGCCUUCUCCCAUUUGCCCUCCAGUGGGCUUCCUCUCAGUCCCACAUGGAAACGCCAAGCAGAGUACCCAGUCUAGCUAUAACGUUAAAACUAACGUGAACGACGCUGGACCAAUUGUAGGACUCCCAAUCACGGCCGGAUGUGAUACAGCCUGGAAUCGAGCCGAUGACUGUAGUGACGACUCUUACACUGACAUCAGUGCCUUAGACAACUCGAAUCCAAUCCAACUGCUGAAGCUCUGUUCACCACCCGACAAAAGUAUAGCUAACCAAUUACCGUUUAAUCAGGUACUGUCCAAAUAUGUUAUACAUUACUGAUAAAGAUGUUAGCCACUUUUGGUAGCUUCAGCUCAAUCCGCUUUCUGUUGAAAAAACAAAACUCGGUAGCUUGAGUUAACAUUUUUUCCCCCAAUUUAUAGACGAUGGACAUACGGAACAGAAGAUGCAACUCAACAAACACGGUUGUUGUAUUUGUAGCAGUAAGUGAAUAGUUUGUGUUUACAAUGAUUGAUCAUCUCGCUACAUGGUAGAUGGGUUGGCUGCCAACGAUGUGCGCUCCUCAGCCUGUUGUGGUUCUGGAUGGCCAGACUGCUCGCCAGAGAGACACUGUCAUGGGAGGAAUCAUACAGGGCUUAUUUCAGCAUGUUUCAUCUUGUUAUUGAUACCAUGUUGUCUUUUGAGGUGUUUUGACUGAUUUCAUGUCAACGCAAAUGUAUUUUAAAAAAAAGAAAGUGUGAUAACUUGCUCACCGUCAACUGUAAUGAUGUAUUUGAAACAACAAGUGGUCAUUGUGCAAAUGUUGUUUUGUUUUUUUCUUCCAAUAAACAUCGGAGAC